AGUAAAGCAUUUGCGGUUAAAUUUCAAUAUUUAACUUGUUGUUUUGGUUAAAUGUACACUUGUCAGUAAUUUCAUAGCAAAAAAACAAAUACAAUUUGGUUAACUUAUUAUAUUUAUUUCUGUGUUUGUUAGUUUUUAAUCGUUUAGACAUUUAUUAAUUUAUUAAAAUAUUCAAGACAAAGAAAAAUGGUAACUAGAAAAGCAAAUACGACAAGUAAACCUCCAAAGUUAUCGCAGAGUACAAGUCAACUUCAAAUUCCGGCUCACACUAUAAAUGAUUUUGUACGUUUUAUUUUAAAUAUGAUGGGUUCUAAAAGGUCCAUAAAACGUACUGAUAUUGUUAAAGCAGUUAUGGCCGAAAACGGUCGCAAUUUCAAUGAAGUAUAUCGCCGUGCUAAUGAAAUUUUAAAAGAUGUUUAUGGUUUAACAUUGGUGGAAGUACCUGAAUGCUCUGAUAGGCAGUUUAUAGUUUUAAAUACAUUAGAAAAUCCUAAGUUUCCUACAAAAUCACCUAAAGAAAAAGCGCAAUAUGCAGUUUUAUUUAUUGUUCUGGCACAUAUUUUUAUGUCUGGUGGAGUUAGCGAUCAAGAAAAAAUAUUUUCACUUUUAAGGAAAAUGAAAAUAUUGUCCGAUACACCACAUGAAAGAUUUGGCGAUGUUAGAUACUUAGUUUGCGUGGAUUUUCCUCAAAAACUGUAUCUGGCUAAAACCCGUGCAACUUUAUCUCAACCAAAAUUGAGUCAAUUAUGUAUUAAUGAUGAUAAUGUGGAUUAUGCUUGGGGAUUUCGAGCUGAACGAGAAAUCUCGAAGGAAAGUUGUUUGAUAUUUGUAUCUAAAGUAUAUGGACGCAGUGCCAAAACUUUUCCCGCACUUUACAAAAUUUGUAUGGAAGCAAAAGCUCAAAAAGAAGAAACUGUUCAAUUGGAAUCAGAUGAACAUUAA